GCGGCGCGCCGCUGCGGCGUCUCCUCCUUCGGCAUCGGGGGCACCAACGUGCACAUGAUCCUCGAGGAGCCGCCCCGCGCCGCGGGCAAGCCCGCCGCAUCCGCCGCCGCCGCCGCAUCCGCCGCCGCCGCCGCCGCCGCCCCGACGCGCCGUGCCGUGCACAUGCUCUGCGUCUCGGCAAAGUCGGGCGCCGCGGCGCGACGCGCCGCGGAGGCGCUCGCGGCGGCCCUCGAAGGCGAGGGGGCGCCGCCACUCGAGCACGUUGCGGCCCAGCUGCUCGGCGGCCGGGAGCUCUUCUCCAAGCGCGUCGCCGUCUCCGCCGCCACGCGCGCCGAGGCCGUCGCGGCGCUGCGCGCCGCCGCCGCCGCCCCGGCCCCCGCCCCCGCCCCAGCGUCGCCAUCGCCGAGCAAGAGCAGCAGCAUGGUCGACCUCGAGUCGGCGGGCGGCGGCGGCGGCGGGGCAAGACGCCGGGGCAAGACGCCGCCGGUGGUGCUCCUCUUCCCCGGCCAGGGCUCGCAGUGCCCGCGCAUGGGAGAGGGGAUCUACCGCUCCGAGCCCGCCUACCGGCGGCACGUCGACCGGAUGUGCGCCACGCUGCGCCCCCUCCUCGGCUUCGACUUGCGCGAGCGGCUCUUCCCCGCCGCCGGCGCCGAGGACGCCGACGGCUUCCGCGCCGCUUUCGACGCGCCGACGGUGACGCAACCCGCCAUCUUCGUGACGGAGCUCGCGCUGGGCCGCACGCUCGUCGAGGAGUACGGCCUCGCGCCCGCCGCCCUCGCCGGCCACUCGAUCGGCGAGUUCGUCGCGGCGACGCUCGCCGGGGUCCUCCCCGAGGAGGACGCGCUCGCCCUCAUCGCCACGCGCGCGCGACUGUCCGAGGAGGCGCAGCCGGGCGGCAUGCUCGCGGUGGCGCUGAGCGCCGCGCGCGCGGCCGAGGUUGCGGCGAUGCCGUCGCACCGCGGCAAGGUGUGGCUGGCCGUGCGCAACAGCGGCGGCCGGACCGUCCUCGCCGGCGACGACGACGCGCUGCUCGCAGCGCUGCUCGACUCGGAGGGCGUCCGCUCGCGCCGGCUGCCGCUGCCUCGCGCCUACCACACGCCCCUGAUGGAGUCGGUCGCUGACGGCCUCGCCGCUGUCCUGGCGCGCGUGCGGCUCGCGCCACCAAAGCUGCCGUUAGCGUGCAACGGCGGCGGCGGCUGGAUGGAGGCCGCCACCGCCACCGACCCGUCGUACUGGGCGGGGCACGUGUCGCGCGCGGUGCGGUGGGACGCAAACAUGGACCUGCUCGCGGCGCUCGCCAAGGAGGCCGGAGGAGACGGCUUGCUCGCGGUUGAGGUUGGGUCGGGCUCAUCCCUCGCGCCGCUGCUCGCCGAGUGCACCGCCGACGGCGCGAGCGCCCUCUCGGUCCUCUCGACGCUGCGCCACCCUCGCGAGGACUGGGCCGGCGGCGCCGCCGACGAGCGCGUGUUUGCCGACGCGCUGUGUGGUUUGUGGGAGGCGCGCGCGCCGCUCACGCUGCGGCGCGCGCGGCACGGCUCGCGGCGGUACGCCGCGGCGAGGCUGCCGGGCUACGCGUUUGAGCCGGCCGUGCACUGGCUCAAGCCCGAGCGCUCGAUGUACGUCCGGCCGACGGCGGAGGAGGUGAGCGCCGCGCAGGCGGCGCUCCUCGCCGCCGCCGCGCCGCCCUCCAAGUUUCCGCUCGACCCCGCCGGCCUGCCGGCGCUGCAGCCGCUGCGCCGCGCGUCGCCAGGCUCGCGGUGGGUGUCCGCUUACUGCCUCGCCUUCGCGGGCGGCUCGACGGCGGCGUUCGCGGAGCUCGCCGCCGGCGCGCCCGAGUGGAUGGAGGUGGUUGGCGUCGAGACGCCCGGCAAGGGCGCGCUCGCCGACCACACGUGGCCGGGCGAGGAGUGCGACUUGCUCCUCGACGCGGCGGGCGGGCCGCCGCGCGCGCCCCGCCUCGCCUCGCUGCCUCCGCCUCCUCCCGCCGACGUGCCCGCUCUCGACCCCGCCGCGUCCUACCUGGUCACCGGCGGCUCGGGCGGGCUGGGCGGCGCGCUGGUGGAGUGGCUGCUCGACGCGCAGGGCGUGCCGCCCGCGCACGUCGUGCUGCUCUCGCGCCGCGGCGCGCCGCACCCGCGCGGCGUCACGUCGCUCGCUGCCGACCUCGGCGAUGCCGACUCGCUGCGCGGGUGCGCCGGCCUCGCGGCGCUCGGGGCGGCGCUGCCGCGGCUCGGCGGCCUCUUCCACCUCGCGGGCGUGCUCGACGACGGCCUCAUCUCGAACCUCGACGAGGCGCGGAUCGGCUCCGUGGUGGCGCCAAAGGCGGGCGUGCUGCCGCUGCUGCGGCAGCUCGCCCGCGCCUCCGCUUCGCCGCCAUGGGUGAUGCUCUCCUCCUCCACGUCGUCGCUGCUGGGCUACGCGGGCCAAGCAAACUACUGCGCCGCCAACGCCAUCUUUGACCACGCCGCGGCCUUCGGCCUGCCGCCGCCGCCCGCCGAGCUCGGCUCGCCGCCGCGCGUCCUCACCGUCAACUUUGGCCCGUGGGGCGAGGUCGGGAUGGCGCGCGAGGGCACAAAGGCGCACGCGCUGUCGGUGGCGAGUGGCGAGACGCCGAUGGCGACGGGCGCCGCCAUCGCCUGCAUAGCGCACGCCGUCCGCGCCGUCGGGGCGGGCGCCGCAUCGCCGCCCGCCGCCUCGCCGCCCGCUGCCUCGGCGGCCUUGAGCUCGGCAUCUCCUCUCGCUGCCUCGGGACCCUCCUCGCCGGCGCCGGCGCCGCACCCGGAGCAGGCGGAGCCCAACCUGCAGUUUUGCAUCGCCGACGUGUCUUGGUGGCGAUCUCCGUGGCCCGACCACCCGCUAGUGCAAGGGGUCGUCCGCCGCUCGCCGGCGGCGGCGCCGCCAGAGACGGGCGGCGUGGCUGUGCUCCUGUCCCCGCUUCUGUCGCUUCUCGCGGCCGCAACGGCGGUGGUACUGCUCGGAGUCGCGUGGGUGUGGAUGAACCGCCACCAGCGGAGGCAGGACGCGGCUGCUGCGCGCUCGAGCGAAGUCGGCCUCGCGAUAGCGCCCGAGACGGGGCAGCUCGCGAGGGCGCAUGCGGCGGCCGAGGAGGCAAAGGCGAUCUCCGCGAGCCGGGCGGCGUGGAUGAAUGCGCGGUUCGGCGCCGGUGCGAGGCGGCGGCCCGCGGCGGCGAGCGCCGGCCGAGGCAGCGGUGCCGGCGCCGGGGAGAGGGCAGAUGCGGCUCCCGCAGUGCGAGCGGGGAGGAGAGGCGGCGGCAGUGGCGCCGCUGGCUGUGAUGUCUGGAGCGUGGACGAGGCCGAGGAGGCCGAGGAGGCCGAGGAGGCCGAGGAGGCCGAGGAGGCGGACGGCGACGGCGACGGCGACGGCGAGGCUGCCGCGGCUAGCGGGGCAGCCGACGGCGGUGAACGCGCGGAGGAGAGGCAGCGCUUCUCAGCGGUCCAGCGGAGCUGGAUGGCGCGUGCGCGCGGCGCGGCGAGACGUGGCCACACUCCGCCUCCUUCGCCGCCGCGCAUGUUUACGCCGCCGGCCGGGUGGAGCGCGGUGUGGCACAACGGCGGCGGCGAGAGCAGCGCCGCGCUGCGGCGGCUUGCGCGCGGGGAGGGGUCGCUGCUGGUAGUCGCCGUGGAGGGGGUGGAGGCUGGCUCGCUCAGUCUGGUCCGACACUGCUGGCCGGACGGCGACGUCGUAGCGGCGCUGCAGUCCCCCGGGGUGGCGGCGUUCUGGCUGGCGGCGCUCGGCGCAGCGCACGUGACACCGCUCAUCGCGCUUCUGUGGGGCGAGCGGGAGGCGCCGCUGCGCGACGUGUUUGAUUGGGUGGGUGCAUUGGGCGACGGGACGGACUUCGAGCUCGUGUCGAGCUUCCCGCGCCGCACUUUCGCCGCCGCGGUGGCGGACGAGACCCUCGCGUCGCUCGGCGCACAGCCUAGACUCUACCCCACCUAG